UGGCCAGCAGUCUCAAAGUAAAUGAACUCAGAGCUGAACUGACCAAACGAGGGUUAGAUACUGCUGGCAUUAAACGAAAACUGGAUGAGAGGCUAGCAUUAGUACUCCUGAAAGAAAGCAGAAACAAAAAAGCAAAAACAGAAUCAGCUGAUGAUUCUGAUUUAGCUGUACAAAGAACUACAGUGAGAGCCAUGGCUAGCAGUCCCAAAGUAGAUGGACUCAAAGCUGAACUGGCAUCUGAACUGGCCAAACGAGGGUUAAGACUUCUGGCACUAAAGCAAAACUGCUUGAGAGACUAGCAGCAGUCCUCCUUAAAGAAAGUAGAGAGAAUGUAGCAAAAACAGAAUCAGCUGAUGAUGCUGAUUUAGUUGUACCAGGAACUACAAGUGGGAGAGAGAGAGGAAGGGAAUCUCAAGAUAGUGAUGAUGAUGCUGGUGAAAAUAGAUCGACGGAAUCUCAAGACAAUAAUGAUGAUGCUGCCGGUGAUGCUGUUUUUGAUCUUGAGACGCUUCGGAAUUUGUUUGACUUAAAAUUACAAGCUAAGUACCAUGGGGUUCCUUUUCUAGGGGCUACUGAGAAGGAAUUAUUUGGUAGACUUUCUGCACAUAUACAAAAGGAUUCGGGUUCGAUAACUCAAGAUAAAGGAGAAGUGAGCGGGUUGAAGGAGGAAAUGGUGGUAGAUAAAGGAGAAGCGAUUGAGUUGAAGGAGGAAAAGUUGGUUAAAGCCACCAAGAAAGGUGGUGCUUUCUUGGAUCAGUAUCUCCCUAAGGGAUACCAUGUAUUGGAGCAUAAAGGUGAAAGAUAUGAUGUAAUGUUAUACAAAACAGAUGUAUCAAAUAAUAGGAAUAUGUUCCAUGUGAUUCAAGCUCUUGGUAUAAUUUCUUCCUCUUCUCCUCCAUCCUCAUGUAUUUCUGCAAAGUCUGGAUAUCCUCGUUUUGUACUCUUUGUCCAAUUGUCAUCUUUCGAACUCUGUUUUUUGUGUACCGGGGAGAAUCAAGUCUCGUGAAUGUGGUAUAUUCUUUUUUAUCAACUUUAUUUGUGCUAUUAAUAUACUAAUGCAGAAUCAGACGGUGGUAGAGAUUUCAUGGUUCUCAGUAGAGAGGGUCAUGUUGGAGAUAAAGUCCAGGGAACUUCCCCUCCAGAAAUGGAGCUAUUCAGGGGUUUGAAAUAUCAUAUUACGGGGCGACAAAAAAUCGGUGGUCAGAGCGCAAGAAGUUUGUUUGUUACCCAAAAUAUUUUGUUCCAGAGGAGCUCAUAAACUCUCAACCAGGAGUGACAAAACUGGAUUCUCGCAUUGCUAAGUUUAUCUCUCUGAUUUGUAAUGUCAGCAUGAUGAAAGAGCAAAUGAUUGAAAUAGGAUACAAUGCUAAAAUAUUGCCUCUUGAUGAGCUAAGCAAAUCAACCAUUUCGAAAGGAUAUGAGGCCUUGAACAACAUUUCUGAAGCCAUCACUGAUGAACGUGAUAAGAACACACUUGUCCAAUUAUCUGGAAACUUCUACGCUGUUAUCCCUCAUGACUACGGUUUCCAAAAAAUGCGUAGCGGAGUUUAUUAUUGACACACCGCAGAAAUUGAAGAGCAAGAUAAAAAUGGUUGAAGCCCUAGGUGAAAUUGAGCUUGCGACUAAGUUGUUAAAGGAUGAGGAUGACACGAAGGGAGAUCUACUAAACGCCUGGUACAAUCGCCUCCAGUGUGAGUUGCAAGCAAUUGAUGCUGAUUCAAAGGAUUACUUGAUGAUAGAGAAGUACAUGAGGAACACUCAUCUAAACGCAGAUUCAAGUUACAGUGUUGAUAUUGUUCAGUUCUUUAGAGUAUCCACGAAGUUUGAAUCUGAACCUUUCAGAAAGUUCUCUAUCACCAAAAACAGAAUGCUUUUGUGGUAUGGUUCUCGACUUGCUAACUGGACUGGAAUUCUAUCACAAGGAUUACACAUUGCUCCUCCACAAUCCCCGGUAUCAGGUUACAUGUUCGGUAAAGGGGUUUAUUUUGCUGAUAUGUUCUUAAAAAGUGCAAAUCUUUGCUGUCCGUCUUCGUCUUCUAGGGAUGGGGUGCUUCUUUUAUGUGAGGUUGCAUUGGAUGAGAUGGCUGAGCUACGUGGAGUUCAUAAUGCCGUUCAGUUGCCAGAGGGGAAGCAAAGCAUAAAAGUGGUUGGUUCAACUGCACCAGAUCCCUCAGAGUCUGAGGUGCUUGAUGAUGGUGUUGUAGUACCACUUGGGAAGCCAAAGAAUCAUGGAGAUCAAAAGGUUGACUUGUUGCACAACGAGCAUAUAGUCUACAGUGUGGAUCAGAUUCGAAUGCGGUAUCUCAUUCAUGUUGAAUUUAACUACAAUUAGCACUCCAUUUCUCUCGAUGGUUAUUAGUCUUUUUUCCACGUG